CAGUCAUUCCCGCCGCGCCGUAGGGAAUUCGGGGCCCUAUACAACAGCAUUGCAAGUCACCAGCGUCCCAGGCUACUGAAUUGGCACAAUAAUGCCGUCGUUCGUCCCUUCCUCUUCUCAGGUAACUUAUCUUUCUGUCAUCUUAUGUGCGCGUGGGCUCCCAACUGAUAUCCCUCGGUCUUUUCUCUGUCCUCUUUCUCUCUCGAUACCAUUGGUAUUAGAAUUAUCCAACCGUUGUUCCACUAUCUUCCACCUGAACUCCAUCUGGAGGCAAAAGUGCCCUAUCUCCAGUUAUAGUCAUAGUCUUGUUGGUAUUCCUAGAGAACUUGCACCCCACCUUGGAGGUUGAGCCUCAGCACGGCCGCCGCCAAUCAAUACAAUACAAACCCCCGACCCUGCACAUACGAGAAACCGUCCUCCAUGUCUCGCAACUAGUAAAUAGCGUGAGAUGGCUCUUGUCCGGGACCCGGCGUUCUGGAAACGCUUCUCCGCCGCUAUUCACCUCGACGAAGAGGCGAAGGCCGGCACAGAUCAAAGAAAACCCUCCAUCUGAGAUACCUGGAUUCAGAGCCAACGUCAGAAGAAAAGGCGAACCUUCAUCUGCGGUUUCUUGAUCUUUCUCAUAAUAGCGCUGUUUGCCGCCGCUAUUGUGGUCGUCAUCCUGUGGCUCAAAUCUCGCAACUGGCUUCAG